AUGCCCACAAGGAACAACACCAAUCCCAACGAACUUCUUCCGUUAACUGAUCCUGAGGCCAUCAUCCGAGCCGCGAACGCGGAAAAACGUCGCCCCAAACAACUCCAGUCUACUUCAACUGCCCUUCUUCCAACCGAUCCCACCCCAAUGUCUGACAAAACAGCCCCGACUCAUGAAACGCCGGGGUCUACUCGCACGGCGGACGCCUCGGACAUGCAGACAGCAAAGGACUGGUUCAAGUCCGUUUUCAAGAUCCAGCACGCGGCCAUCGUGGAGGCACAGGCCAACCGUCGACAAGCUGCUGAGGAUCGCCGACAAGCCCUAGAAGAUCGUCGCACGGACCGACGACUCCUUAUGUCCGCUCACCAGGCCAACGCCGCCCGCAUCAGCCGCCUAGAGGACCUACUUUUAGCGAUGAAUAUCAAAAACGAAACGGAUGUCCGUCCAGUACAGCCCGCUCCGGGCCGGGUCAACCUGCAGAAGUUCCGUACGUCGGAUGGUCCGAUCUACAGGGGACCGUUCCAGGAAACCGAGCCGUUCCUUCGAUGGAUCCAUGGCGUACAGAUUUUUUUCAACACCAAGGACGUCAACAAUGCAGCCGACAAGAUUAGGAUCGUCGGCAACCUGAUUGCGGAGACGAAUCUUCAGUCCUUCUAUGCAAACGAGGCAACUGGUUUUCUCGCCAAGUCUUGGGAAGAAUUCAAGACUCGUUUGUUCGACUUCGCUCUCCCCAGUAACUGGCGGUCGAAUUUGCAACGGCAAGUCCGGAAACUCGAAAUGUCUUCGACUGAAACCUUCCUCGAGUACAGUACAAGGGCACGCACUUUGCAAAGCCUUUUCAACUUUGAUGCCGCGGAGACUGCAAAACUCGGGGACCUUCAAUUGGCCCAGUUCUUAGUAUACGGGUUGACGGAUGCCUUACAGGAUUGA